CGGUUGUGGAAUGUUCUGCACGUCACGGGUUGGCCCUUGGGGGCGUUACCCGCCGCUAGCCUCGUGCUCCAGUUGCUGUUGCUGCCUUGCUCCGCCCGGGCCCGGAGCAGCCUGGGCCAGAGCGCUGGGGGAGGGGUGCCGGGGCGCACGUGGCGCAGGGCUGUGUCAGUGGCACGCGAGUGCCUUAGGCAAGUGGUAGGAAGGGCGUUUGUGGGGACCGACUCUGAGCAUUCAGGGGACCACCAACCUUUCUGCAAACCAUCCCCCCCCCUGCAGGGAGUGUCUGUUGUGUGCACACAGGUGAUGCUCUCCUGUGGAGCAGCCAGCAACACAACAAGAUUUCUCUCAUCGGGCAAUAUGCCCCAACCAUAGCCUGAAGGGACCGACUACAGAAGACACAGAAAAAUGGCAGGAAAGAAGAAAGAAAUUCAACUACAGGCCAUAAUAACCAAUCAAACACAAUGGGAUGAAAUGUUGCUGACUAAAGGUGUAACAGUAAUAGAUGUGUAUCAAGCUUGGUGUGGGCCUUGCAAAGCUGUGGUAAAUUUAUUCAGAAAACUGAAAAAUGAGCAAGGUGAAGAUGGCCUUUUGCAUUUUGCUGUGGCGGAGGCUGACAGCAUUGUGACCCUGCAGACAUUUAGAGACAAAUGUGAACCUGUUUUUCUCUUUUGUGUUGAUUGCAAAAUUAUAGCAAUGGUGCGAGGUGCAAAUGCACCUCUUCUCAGUAAGACAGUAAUAGAAUUACUAGAAGAAGAAAGGAAAAUUUUAGCAGGGGAAAUAGAACGUCCUGAGGUACAAGAGCUUGUGUUUUUAGAAGAAAAAGCAUCAGAAAUAACCACUGAAGAAAGCCAACUUGACGAAGGAGUCAUAUACACUGUUGCAAUUAUAAAACCUGAUGCCGUUGCAAAUGGAAGAUUAGAAGAUAUUAAACAAAAGAUUACAGAAGCAGGCUUUCACAUAGCAGCAGAAGAGGAGAAGACAUUAACAGAAGAUCAAGUUAGAGAUUUCUAUAGCCGCAACAUAGAACAGCCUGAUUUUGAAGAUUUUGUUACAUUCAUGACUGGUGGACCAUCCCAUAUUCUGGUAAUUUCUAAACCAAAGGAGGUAACUGGUGCUGUUCCUCAAUGGAAAGAACUAGAUAAAUCAGAUGAGUCUAUAUCUGCAGCGCCUCAGCCUGAAAAGCCAGUAAGCUUGCAAGAAGUUUUGGAAUCCGAGAAUAUGUUAAAUUUAUGUGAUGUGGAAGACAGUAUAGAAGAGGCUAGCAGGCAGCUUGCCUUCUUUUUUCCAGAUUUUGGCAAAAAGAGGACUGGCCAGAAUGUUGAAAAAACAUUGGCCUUAAUUAGACCUUCUCUACUAAAGAAAAGAAGAAAUUCUAUUCUGAAAAGGAUUAAGGAUGAUGGCUUUACAAUAGCAAUGCAAAGAGAAAUAGUUCUGACAGAAGAACAAGCACGUCAAUUUUACAAGGAGCAUGAAAAUGAAGAUUUUUUCCCAACUCUUCUAGAACAUAUGACAAGUGGUCCAACUCUUGCACUCGCUUUAAUACGAGAAAAUGCUGUACAACACUGGCGAGAUUUACUAGGCCCAAAGACUCUUGAAGAGGCUAAGGAGAAGAGUCCAAACAGUUUACGUUCAGAGUACGCAGUAGAUAAUGUACCUCUCAAUCAACUGCAUGGCAGCAUUUCACCUGGUGAAGCUGAGAAGGAACUAGAAUUCUUCUUCCCCGUGGAACAUACUUUGGCAGUUAUCAAACCCACCGCGGUUAUGGAACAUAAAGAUGACAUUAUGCGGAAGGUUGCAAAUGCUGGAUUUAUUGUAUCUCAGAUGAAGGAAACAAAUUUCACUCAUGAAAUGGCAACACAGUUUUAUAAAGAUCAUGAAGGAAAACCCUUUUUUGACCAGUUAGUGAAUUAUAUGUCUGAGGGUCCAUCAAUGGUAAUGAUCCUAACUAAAGAAAAUGCUGUGGAGGAAUGGAGGCAAUUAAUGGGUCCAGCAGAUCCAGACAUAGCAAAAGAGUCUUCUCCUGAUUCAAUUAGAGCUCAAUUUGCAGAAGAUAUUUUGCGAAAUGCAGUUCAUGGCUCAUCUAAUAAGGAACAUGCACUGAAGAGCAUUGAAUAUGUAUUUGGAGAGAUUGAUCUGAAUAGUCUAAGAAAAGGAAGAUCUAUCUGAAACAGUUAAAAUAUUAAGCCCAUUAUUACUUGUCCUGUUGUAAUGUAGGUCUCUCACCUCUUGGAAACCUGCUUAGCUGUGGUACUGCAAUCAUUUUCUUGCUCCUAGGGCCCACAGUAAGCUGCCAGUCAACCUUGGUGGGUCUUCAAAGACUUGGCAUUAAGGAG